UUGUCAAACUUUCGAAUUAAAACUAAUAUCAAGUACAGACAGCUAAGAAUUAUAUAUAUUUCAAACCGAAAACAACUUACUAUAUAGUACGUGUCUUAAACUAACCAUUAAUUGAAGACCAAUAAUGCCGCCGGGUAAUGUUCAAAAAGUGAAUGAGAAUUGGCAGAGCAUCAGUGAAAAUGUGGACGACAAUAAUGAUUUCACUAUUAUUGACUCGAUUCCAAAGGAAAUCUUACAAAAUUUUCCUCAGGAAGCGGGGGAUGCCGGUUACUUUGAGUUACAACUAGUCGCAGUGAAAAAAAUUCGCAAUAUGUUCACCUCGGAAAGUCCAUCCACAAUUAACCUCAAUGAAGAACUUCCAUUUUUGGUGGAGUGCCUUAAGCAAAAAAGCCACAAGGAACUGCAACUUGAAGCCGCUUGGGCGUUGACCAAUAUUGCCUCUGGCGAUACAGAGCAGACCACUCAGGUUGUGGCAGCUGGAGCUGUGCCACAAUUAUUAGAGCUUCUCAAAUCGCCAGACUUAGAUGUCCGUGAACAGGCCAUUUGGGCUUUGGCUAAUAUAAUUGGCGAUGGUCCUUUGCUUCGUGACUUUGUCAUCAAACUGGGCAUAGUUCCAAUUUUGACCGGUUUCGUACAUCCCGAUACGCCCACCGAUUUUCUGGGCCAUGUCACCUUGGCGAUUGUCAAUCUGUUUCGACACUACGAGCCGCAGCUUUCAGGGAAAGUUAUCCAGGAGAUCUUGCCACAUCUUCAUGUGCUGAUCAGUCACAAGAACGUUGACAUUUUAAAGUGUUCCCUGUGGGCGAUUACAUUCCUGGCCGGCGGUGGACAGGAGUACAUUCAAAUGCUGAUUGAGAGUGGAUUUCUGGGGCAGUUGAUAGCCUUGAUGGGUCAUGAGGAGGUGCAAGUGCAGAAUGCAGCCAUGCAGGCGAUGGCCAAUAUUCUGGCCGGGACCGAUGAUCAAUGCCAGGCAGUUCUAAACAACGAUCCACUGCCCUAUUUUCCAUCGGCGAUUUUUUAUUUUGAAGACAAAAUCCUCGAGGGGAACGUCAAGUUACUCUGGCGAGCAACCUCCCGCAAUCAGGCUUGGGUGCAGGCCUUCAUAAACGUGGGAUUGUUGGGCAAAAUCAUCAGGAUACUGAAGAGUGGUAUGUUCCAUGAGAAGGCUGUGGCUGCCAGGGCCAUUAGUAAUCUCACCAUCAGGUGCAACAGAGAACAGUUGUUGACUUUCCUCAGGGAAGAUGGCCUUGCACCGUUUUGCGAGCUCCUCACUUGCCAAUUCGAACAGGUAACCUUCGCUGUUUUGAAUGGCCUCGAAAACAUGCUGAAAAAGGUCGAGUGCCAAGGGAUUUUGGUAAAAUCUAUUAUUGAUUGUGGAGGAUUAGCCAAAAUCGCAGAGCUGCAGACCCACGAGAACGUGGAAGUCUACAAGCUAUCCCACCGGAUCAUCGAACAAUAUUUCAGCGGGUACUUUGAGUCUUAAAGCUUUAAAUUUAAUGUUUAUAUUUUGAAUACAAAUUUGUACUCGAGACUGUUUGAAUAGUAAAUAAAAAAAAUGCCAGCCAA